GUCAUCUGUUUUGCAACUUGAAUUAAUGUCGAUUUGCGGGUUACUGGAUUGGUCUGAGUUAAGCGAUUUCCAGUGAAGAGGCGCUCACUGAAGGACAGUGGACUCUAGGACCCAGCAGGUCCCUGUCCCUGUCCUGGGCUGCACAGGCAGGACUUCGCGAUCCAGCACCGUUAUUAAUGGGCUAUCAAAAGCAAGCCUGCCUCAGACAGAGUCUCUAUUAACCCUGCGAUCAUCGAAUCACCUGAGCGCUCUCUGGACAGCCCUGCAGACAAAAACGACCCGCUGUUAUUUUUUCGCAACGGAUUGGAAAACUUCAACGUUACAGAACUUUUAAAACUUUUUACGAAUGAGCGAAAGGAAAAGCAAGAGAAGGGUGUGCUCGGAGAGGCGGAGGGAGAAGUCCCGGGCCGCGGCGCAGAGCCGGAGAGGCAAGGAGAGCGAGAUGUUCACAGAGCUGGCGCUGCAGCUGCCCCUGCCCCAAGGCAGGGCCCUCCACCUGGACAAGGCGUCCAUCGUGAGACUGACCCUGAGCUACCUGCGACUGCGAGCCCUGCUGGACACAGGUGCAGCUGAGCGCCAGGUGGACAGUGAGGACAGAGUCCUGGGGGCGUCGAUAGAGGGGUUUUUGCUGCUCAUCUCCCAGAGCGGGCACAUUGUGUACACCUCUGAGGCCGUGGCCAGGCACGUGGGCAUCCACCAGAUGGAGCUUAUCGGGCAGAGUGUUUUUGAGUUCAUCCACCCCUGUGACCAGGAAGAAAUGAAUGAGGCUCUGAGCACUAAGCAAGAGCCCUCAGUGCAGGGGAGAAGGCGGGACUGUGACUUCUUCCUG